AUGCUUAAUUCUGCGUUACUGUGGAAGGUUUGGCUACGAAUAGACAACUCAACGGAUGAAGUUAACCAGCCAAUUUCCGUACAGUUCGAUGAAAUAGACACUGUUGAUGAUUUGAAAAGCAGGUUUUUUCAGAAACUGAGUUCGACCCGAUGGCGAGAAAUUAAUGAUAAUGCCUCCAUUGCUAUAGGCCUGUACGCACCCAAGUUGGAAAAUCAAGCUGAUAAUACUAGUAGUAACAACAAUAACGAUACUAGUUGUCGAAAGAAGAGUAAUGGCGCUGGCAGUUGCGUCAAUCUUUCUGUUAAUAGUAAUACAAAGAGUUCUGUGAGCCCUACAACUGGAACAUUUGGUCUUCCAAAAGACUUGGCAAAGGACAGGAAUGUUCUCCAGCAUCCUAAGCCUACCCAGAAAAGAGGAGCAUUAUACGACGCCUUUGCCGCCACGCCGACAGUGGCCGCGACUAGUAAUGCGGAUUUUCCUCCCAAUGAGGCGCCAAUGUUAAGCCCGCAAAGACCAUACUCCACUAGUCCUAAACAGUUUUCAGCGACAGCUAAAAGUCCGUUACUGCGAUUUGCGUCCGUCUCACCUUACCCUAACUUUCAUUCAGAUAAUCAAAUCAUGACAUCAACUGGUCUCGCAUACGUCUCACCGCAUAAUAAAAACAAAUACACAAGGCCGUUGAUUAGAAAAGGUUUAAAUUGUACCACGGAAUCUGUGGAUGAUUGCACUUAUAAAAUUAUCUUUGAACCGGAUGAAUUGGCUAUUAACAUAUAUAAGGAACUAUUCGGAACCAUGGGCUCCCAAUCUGCAUCUCAGCCUUUGCUGAUAUUUUCGAAUGUUAACUUACGUCAGGAUGUACCGCCUUUAGACAUCUUAAACGUUGAAGACUAUGUUCCUACGAAUGAAGAAAUUUCGCAGCAGGCAAUUCAAUCAACAGACCGAGGAGUCGUUGGUGUUUUUGACCUAGACGAUCAAAUUUCUUUAGGCGAACGAAGUCCUAAGUUAAGGGUUAAUGAUAAAGCAAAUCUUUUAGAUAAAAAUGAUAAUAGCAACCUCCAGAAAUUUAAAUUAAUAACUGAUGAAGAACAAUUGAGAAGAGCGUCACAAGAACUGAGGGAUGAGGAAAAAGAUGCUGAUUCGCCCUGGCAAGCAAUCUUGCUGUUGCCAAAAGGCUAUAAAGGAGGGGUGGAUUUUAGAAAUAAACCAGUGGCUAACACGGAUUCGUCUUUCAACAAUGAAGACACGGUUACUCAUUCAGAGUUAGAAGCGAAUACCGGGUCUCCUUUACAAGAAAGCGGGCCACUUAAUGAAUCCGGUAUAGGUAUAAUGCAACCCAUACCAGAAGGACAAAGAAGAAAAGACAAUGUUACGCCUUCAUCACCAAUAUUAACAAAUAGUCAAACACCGCAUUGUUCAAACUCGCUCUAUAACGCACCUUUUGCCGUUUCUUCUCCACCCGAUCCCUUACCAAAUCUUUUUACCACUACAAGUGAAAAAGUUUUUCCCAAAAUCAAUGUUUUAAUAGUUGAAGAUAACGUUAUCAACCAAGCUAUAUUAGGUUCCUUUCUGAGAAAACACAAAAUCUCGUAUAAAUUGGCUAAAAAUGGUCAAGAAGCUGUUAAUAUUUGGAAGGAAGGUGGAUUGCAUUUAAUUUUCAUGGACUUACAGUUACCUGUCUUGUCUGGUAUAGAAGCUGCCAAGCAGAUACGAGAUUCUGAAAAACAAAAUGGCAUUGGCAUUCAAAAAAGUCCCAAUAACUCACAUUCCAAUAUUGAAAAAGGAGCUUCGAAGAGGUUUUCUCAGGCGCCUGUGAUCAUUGUGGCAUUAACAGCAUCCAACUCUCAAAUGGAUAAAAGAAAAGCACUUCUUUCUGGUUGUAACGACUACUUGACUAAACCAGUGAACUUACACUGGCUUAGCAAGAAAAUUACAGAGUGGGGUUGUAUGCAGGCCCUGAUUGAUUUUGACAGCUGGAAGCAGGGAGAAAGUCGGAUGACUGAUAGCGUUUUGGUUAAAUCUCCACAGAAACCUAUUGCACCUUCCAAUCCCAACUCUUUCAAACAAGCAACCUCUAUGACCCCUAAACACAGUCCAGUAAGGAAUAACUCAAAUCUUUCUCCAACUCAAAUAGAAUUUUGA